UCAUCAUCAUUCCUCUUUCAGUUCCACUCACACCAACACUGUUAGACCCCAGGUCACCUGACCCCUGCUGGAUAAGAUAAGACAGUGUUUGUGCCUUCACCGCCUCCUUUUCACUCUGCACGUGAACACGUCGCCACCUUCAGGCCUCUUAUCGCACACACACCUCAACGCUUCUGAGCUCACGUGACCAGCAGGGGCAGCUUCACUGGGGGUUAAAUGUAAAUCCUGGUGUCGGCCAGUACUUCUACUACUGUAGUACUGCAGUGUACUUUAUUUUUAUACUCUGCUGCUGUAAACACUGAGCUUUUCCCACUGUUUGACCUAAAAAGAACUGAUGUCGGAGAAACUCAGCCUUUUGGCUCCAACUGGGUGAAUUUUGAAUUUGAUCUUUAAAUGUUCACUAAUGUGGAUUGUCCCUCUAUAACAAAUAAAGAUAAAUAAAUAAAUAGUAGAAGUAGUAAAAGCACUUGUAGUAUUAGUGAAAGUAGUAGUAUUUAUUGAACUGGUCAUAGUAGUUGUACUGUUGUACUGAAGUAUUCGAUCAGAAUACUUUUUAUACGGACUUUUCUUCUACCUCCUCCGUUAUUCUCCUUCUUUACUACAGUUCCUGUUGAAGGCUCCUCAUUGGCUACCUCGCCUCAGUAUAGUCCCGCCCACAAAAAGUCGCUCAGAGCAGCCAUUGGUCCAUCGUUGCAGGGCUCCACCCACCGCUGCAGUUGAAAACUUUUCCCACUCGUAGAGGUCUCACUCUGGAGUUAGGACUUCACUGGGGGGGGGCGCUGUUCUCCAACCUCCGCUGUCACCAUGGUGAAGCCCCCGCUGUCCACCUCAGAACACCGCCGUGCCGCUGCCGCCGCGGUGACCUGCGUGUUCGUGUCCGGGAUGCUGCUCGUCUCUGUGGGACAUCAGCGCAUCCCGGAGCCCCCGGAGCCCCCUGCUUCUGCUGCCAGCGGGGAGACUUUCUCGGCUUAUUUCAGUAAACUCGGCCGGGAGAGAAGGGCGGUAGGCGGCUCCCCGAGGAGCAGUGCUCCCCCCGGGCCGAGGGAGCGUCUGAGCCCCGCGGACCUCUUCAUAGGAGUGAAGACCACCGGCAGGUUUCACCGGGAGAGAAUGGAGCUGCUGCUGGACACCUGGAUCUCCAGGAACGAGCCCCAGACGUAUGUGUUCACUGAUGGGGAGGACAGAGAGCUGAGGAAGAGGAUGGGAGCUCAGCUGAUCGUCACCAACUGUCCGUCAGUCCACAGCCGUCAGGCUCUGUCCUGUAAAAUGGCUCAGGAGUACGACACCUUUAUCAACUCUGGUUGCAGGUGGUUCUGUCACGUUGACGACGAUAACUACGUGAACGUCGGUUCCCUCCUGAAGCUCUUGUCGGAGUUCGUUCACACAGAAGACGUUUAUAUCGGUCGACCCAGCCUUGAUCGACCGCUAGAGGCCACGGAGCAGCUGGGCGCCGCUGAGACGAAGCGGGUGCGGUUCUGGUUCGCCACAGGCGGAGCGGGCUUCUGCCUGAGCCGCGGCCUGGCUCUGAAGAUGAAGCCCUGGGCGAGCGACGGCUCUUUUAUGGACACAGCCCAACACAUCCGCCUCCCUGAUGACUGCACCGUGGGCUACAUCGUGGAGGCGCUGCUCGGUGUCGAGCUCCUGCGCUCAGCGUUGUUCCACUCACACCUGGAGAACCUGGGACUAGUGACAGACAUACAGAACCAGGUGACACUGAGCUACAGCACCGUGGAAAACAACGAGAACACCGUCAAUGUGAAAGGAGCGUUUUCUACCAACGAGGAUCCCAGCAGGUUCAGGACGGUCCAUUGUCUCCUGUAUCCAGACACUCCUUGGUGUCCCAACGUCUGGAAACUCUGACCGCCAGCAGAGGGGGGUGGGACA